GAACAAAAACGUGAUUGAAAACAUGGCGCAUGGGGUAAAGCAGUGAAAAUGGAAGACGAUUCGAAGAAAGCACACAGGAAAAGACAAGCUGGCCCUAAGGCCGAAAAAAGAGCAAAAGGAAAAUCGAAUCCUGAUAAGAAGAAUUCAAAGGCAUUUGGUUUUCAAUCAGUGAAGAAGGCAGCGAGAACUUUUCAUCGAAAACAAGACCUUGAGACUAAAAAACAGCAUGUGCCAGUUGUCGAUAGAACGCCUUUAGAGCCCCCUCCAAUAGUUGUAGGGAUUGUUGGUCCACCAAAAGUUGGAAAGACAACCCUGAUACGUUCACUGAUAAAGAAUUUCACGCGAGAGAAGUUUUCAGAUAUACGAGGACCUGUUACUUUAGUGUCGGGUAAAAAGCAGAGGAUCACUUUCAUUGAAUGCAAUAAUGAUAUCUGCUGCAUGAUUGAUAUUGCUAAAAUGGCAGAUUUGGUGCUAUUGCUUAUUGAUGCAAGUUUUGGAUUUGAAAUGGAAAUUUUUGAGUUCUUAAACAUAGCACAAGUGCAUGGAUUCCCUAAGAUAAUGGGAGUUCUAACACACCUUGAUCUCAUGAAAAACAACAAAUCGCUAAAAAAGAUUAAGAAGAAGAUGAAGCAGAGAUUCUGGACAGAGGUUUACCAGGGAGCCAAGCUCUUCAAUCUGUCUGGUAUCACACAUGGAAGUUAUUCAAAAACUGAAAUACAUAAUCUUGGGAGAUUCAUUUCUGUGAUGAAAUUUAGACCAUUAAAGUGGAGAACUACCCAUCCUCAUAUAUUUGCAGACAGGCUGGAAGAUUUAACUGACCCAGAGUCCAUUCGGCAACAACCAAAUGCAGACAGAACAGUCUGUCUAUAUGGUUAUGUUAGAGGAGCUCAUUUACGAUAUAAUUCAAAAGUUCACAUCAUGGGUUGUGGUGAUUAUAACUUGCGAGAGAUAAGCUUUCUACCUGAUCCAUGUCCUUUACCAGAAAAGGAGAAGCGAAGGUCUUUGAAUGAGAAGGAACGGCUUGUUUAUGCACCAAUGUCAGGGGUUGGUGGGGUUGUUUAUGACAAGGAUGCUGUAUAUAUUGAUCUUGGGGGCAGCAGAGAGGGCCAAAAGGCUAGAGCCAAAACUAACACGGGUAUGCAAGAAGAUGACAACGAACUCGUAUCAUCGUUGCUUGAUACUAAAUCGACAAUAGAUGCGAAGAUGUCCGCCAGUCGUCUGACUUUGUUUAAGAACUCUCAAUCGAUGAUUUCACAAGAUGUUGAAGGGGAUCUUAAGUGGACCCUGCCAUUGCAUGAGACAGUAUCAUCUGACGACAAUCGAAUAAGGCGGAAAGUUGUUUUUGAUGGAGAAGACGACGGUGAUAACGACAAAGAGAACAUGGAUGAAAAAGAUGAGAGUGACGAGGAGAACAGCGACGAUGAGAACAGCGACGGUGAUAGUGAGGGUGUGAGUGAUGACGAUAGUGAUGGCGGCGAGGAUGGCGGCGAGGAUGGCGGCGAGGAUGGCGGCGACGGAGUAUAUUUCGACGGCGAUGAAGAUCAGCCUGCUAGUAAAAAGAGUAAAAAGGAAACGUUUGAUGAAGAGAUUCAAUUUGAAGAUGACGAAGAAGACGACGAAGAGGUGGAAAUCGAUGAUUCGAAAUUUUCUAUCGAAGAUCUUGAAAAGUGGAAAGAAAACUUCAAGCGAAGGCUCCUGCCUCAGCUUAUGCAAGGACAAAACAAAACAAGGGAUUUGAAAGCGCUGAUAUACAACCAAGAUAGAAAUAUGUCUAAGCAAGGAAGGACUGACGAAGAAGAAGAUUCUAAUGAGAUGGUUGGUGGAUUGUUUUCCAUUAAGACUCCGGGAAAGAAUCUGAAUAGCACGAUACUGCACCAAAGAGAUUGCACGCGUGAGCAAUCUUGCGUGCAGUAUUCGAAUGAAGAGGAUCUCCAGAUGCUCUACGAGUCGAUUAAGAACUGUUUUGUAUCUAGGAAUUCUUCAGGAGAUCGAAAGAUGGCGGAUGAUGAGCUGAACGAAGAUGAUGAUGAUGAACUGUUUGGCGACUUCGAAGACCUUGAGGCGGGUGAUUCACUACCGAAUGACGAGCUAAACCAAGAUGAUGCCGAAUCGAGCUCUGGCUCGGAUGCCGAUGACAAAAUGGAUGACGUGAACGAGGACGAAAAACGGCGGGAAGAAAAAAUGAAUCUGAAAAAGAAUUUUGAUGCUGAGUAUGACAAUGAAACGGACAAAGAAAAGGAUGGCGACGCCUCUUACUACGAAGAGCUCAAGAGGGAGCUGAGUCAACAAGGACAGCUAAACGCACAAGAAUUCCAAGACAUGGACGACGAUGUUCGUGUACAGUACGAAGGAUUUCGUCCGGGGAUGUACGUUCGUGUUGAGAUCCAUUCGAUGCCAGCUGAAUUUGUUCAGAAUUUUGAACCCUCGUAUCCGGUUGUCCUUGGUGGUCUCCUGGCUGGGGAAGAUAACAUCGGAUUCAUACAGGCAAGAUUUAAGAAGCAUCGUUGGCAUGAUAAGAUUCUCAAGAAUCGAGACCCCAUCAUAGUGUCCCUCGGUUGGCGAAGAUUUCAGACGUUGCCUCUUUAUUCUGUGCAAGACCACAAUGGGCGACAGAGAGCCCUCAAGUACACGCCGGAACAUCUGCAUUGUUUAGCUACUUUCUAUGGGCCUGUUACACCUCCAAAUACAGGGAUAUUGGCAGUCCAAUCUGUGUCCGGAUCAAAAUCGAAAUUUCGGAUCAGUGGCACUGGGGUGAUUGUUGACCAAGACAAGUCAUCUCAGGUUGUGAAAAAGUUGAAGUUGGUUGGCACACCUCUAAAGGUUUUCAAAAACACGGCUUUCGUAAAGGGAAUGUUUAAUUCGUCUCUUGAAGUUGCUAAAUUCGAGGGAGCGGCGAUCAGGACUGUCAGUGGAAUAAGAGGCCAGAUCAAAAAGGCUGUCAAGAACGUGGACGGGGCCUUCCGUGCGACAUUUGAGGACAAAAUUUUGAUGAGUGACAUCGUGUUUUGUCGAACUUGGUACCCAGUUGCCUGCCCAAAAUAUUACAACCCUGUGACGUCAUUAUUGCUCAGCAAAGACGACAAGAAAAAUUGGACUGGUAUGCGCACUGUUGGCGAAAUAAGACAUGAAAGAGGGCUGAAAGUGGAUCAGAAUAAGGACUCGUUAUACAAGCCAAUUGAAAGGAAAACAAGGAGGUUCAACCCUCUGCAUAUUCCACAAAAGCUACAGAAGGACCUGCCUUUCAAGUCCAAACCAAAGUUAGCAAAGAAACAAAAUGGUAAAAAGCAAGAUAAACUGACAGCGGUAGUAAUGGAACCCCAUGAAAAGAAGGCCUACAAUCUAAUGAAAGAGCUGCUAACAAUUCAGAAGGACAAGGCCAAGAAACAACGUGAGUCGCUUGACAAAAAGAGGAAAGAAUUCAAAAAGAAACUUGUAAAGGACAAUGCGAGAAGAGAUGCAAAAAUUAAAGAAAAGAAGAAAAAGAUUUACAAAAUUCUAGGGCAAGAGCAGAAAAGAAAAGAAAAACUUGCAGCCAAACGCCCCUGAAUUACGUUUCAUUGGCAGAAAAAAUAUGCAGCAAAAAAGGAUAGAGGAAUUUGCCAGCUGAAAUGUUUUUUGUCUUGUCCUUGCUAUUCUUGUGAUAGAUUAUUUAUCAUCUGAAAUGCGAGUUUAAGAAACGAAAGAACAUCUCAAUAAAUGGCAUAGUAAAUUAUACUGGUUUCAUGUUUUCAGGUAUCGUGUAAUUCUUUUCGUUGCAUUACAGUCUAAACAUUUUCUGAGAAGUAAGUUUUUAGAUGUCGAAGACCUUCGGUAGUUUGAUACCUUUUUACAUAUAAAAAUAAAGUUUUGUUUUUUUGUGGAAAAACUAUUCAGAGUAUUAUUACUCUGAUGAAGGACUAUUGCUUUCAGAUAAGGGUCCUGCAAGGCUAGACACAAUCAAACCAAGUUGCGAAGUUCUUUGAAUGCAAUGCAGAGAGUGUCUAUAAAUUUUAAAAUACAUAAUCGUUUUAUUUACUACCUAAAAUCUUAAAUAAUAAAGCUAAUAAAUCUACACAUCAGAGCUACAGAUUGGUUU